CUCCGAAUUCCAGAUGGUCCAUCUAGACCGCUGGUCCAAGACGUCGAUCCUCUCGCCCAGCUGCAUAUUUCUGCCGUCUUAUGUAGAGGACGUUUCAGCGGCGGUAAAAGCGCUCUCCGCGGGAAACUGCCAGUUCGCCAUCAAGUCCGGCGGGCACAACCCCACUCCCGGAGCUAACGACAUCAACGACGGCGUGUCUAUCGACCUGCGGUAUCUGAACCAGACCACCCUGGCGCCGGACCGCAGUUUCGUCAGCUUGGGCGCCGGCGGCAACUGGGUUAACGCCUACCACGCCUUCGCGAACCACGGCGUUGGUUUCCCCGGCGGCCUAUGCGGCACCACGGGCGUCGGCGGUGUUACCAUCGGCGGCGGCCAGUCUCCCUUCAGCGCUAAGGUGGGCUGGGCUGUCGACAACGUGCUAAACUUUCAGCUGGUGCUAGCCGACGGCAAGAUCGUCAACGCUAACGCGACGCAUAACAGCGAUCUAUUCCGCGCCCAGAAAGGCGGCGGCUCCAACUUUGGCGUCGUAACGCGGAUCGACAUGGCGGCAUUCGAUCAUUCCAACCAGCUGUGGGGUGGCGAGAUCGUGGUCCAAGCGACACCAGCCACGACGCAGACGGCGCUCGAAGCAACUAGCAACUAUACAAGGCAGAACAACGCGAACGUGGAUGCGAUGCUGCAGACCGCCUUCUUCUACUAUAGUAACGGCACCGCCGUCAUUGACUUUGUGCUGGCGGCGACCGAUAACGCGACAAACCCCGAGAUCUUCCACCCUUUUACGGGAAUGUCGCCGCAGAUGGCAAGCACAGUGUCAUCGCGGACGCUGACGAGCUUUGUUAGGGAGAUCAUCCCGACCCAGCCCCGGGGAUACCGCAAUCUCUGGGCGACAGUGACUUUUAAGAACAAUCUCGCUACUCUGCAGACCGUGCAGCGAAUCACCGACCAUAUCUACAUAGAGGCGGGUGCCACGGUACCCGACAUGGACUGGAUCUUGCUCUACAGCCCGCAGCCCAAAGCAAUCGACCUGCACGGUCUCCGCAACGGGGGCAACGUCCUAGGACGGCAGCAUACGCGGGACGACCAGAUUGUCGCCUGCAUCAGUCCCCGAUGGCUGGACGCGGCGUAUGACCGGGACAUGUACGCCCUCGCUGCAAAAUGGGUGGGCAUGGUCACGAAGGCUACCAGACUUCUGGGGACGCACGAGGAGUUCCUCUACCUCAAUCUCGCAGCGCAAUUCCAGGACCCCAUCAGGGCCUACGGCGAGGACAACGUCCGAUUCAUCCGGCACGUCGCUGAGAAGUACGACCCGGCCGGCGUGUUCCAGCGGCUGGCGCCGGGCGGGUUCAAAAUCAGCCGAGUCGGCGGGUUUCGACCUCAGACGGUCCCGGGACGGGCGGUCUAA